CACUAUCCAACACUACAAGAACCUCUCCCCAAGUUCAGUCCCUCCCCCCCAAUCAGGACACCCCCAAGGUUCUAUGAACCCUUCCCCAGAUGCAAUUUUUAGCAAUCUAGUAAACAUUUGCUAAAUCUGGCUGUCUGAUGCUGUGACUAUAACUUUCCAGCAACUGAUUAACAAACAAAAAAUCUCCACCAAAUUCUACCUUUGCUAGUUUUUUCUCUCUCUUCCCUUCCUGUGUGUCUUGUCUUGAAGGAAACAUGACUAGACUUCAACAACAAAUUUAAGUGAAGAUUAGCUGUCUUUCUAUCUAAAGGAUGUGCUAUGCCUCCAAUAAAAACUAGGUGUCUGAAGCAGAAAUUAGUAGAGCUGUGAUCCAUCCCAACUGUGCAAAAUGGCAGGGGGCCUGGGGGCUGAAGAAUGACACUUUCCUGCAUUGGGCUCAAUAAAAUUUGCUUCCUGCUGUCUGUGGCCUUCUGUGCUUUCCUUCUUUUGUUAAUCCCCAAACUCCAGACAACCUGGAGACGGGGGGGCUAUCCACAACCCCGUCCACCCCCUCCUUUGAAUGCUUCCUGCAGCGAGUUCUACCACCAGCAGGCAGAGCCCAGCUCAACAGACCGUUUGGACAGUGAGGGAUCUGAUACUGCACACAGUGUGAAAGAUGAAACUGUAGAAAAAUGGGGAGAUUACAGCCUACAUGCUGGGGGAUCCCACCCGAAACUUGAAGAGCAGGAUGGGAGCCCCACCAGUCCUCUUCAAACUAUGUUGAAGGACCAUCAUGGACCUGCAGAUGAGUCCAUUAAGGAGAAUUUGGAGCUGAAGGAUAUUUUUAUCGCUGUGAAAACGACAAGAAAGUAUCAUAAAACUAGGCUGGACUUGCUCUUCCAAACCUGGAUUUCGCAGGCCAAAAGACAGACGUUCAUAUUCACAGACUGGGAGGACCCCGAGCUGCGCCUCCGAGCAGGAGAUCACAUGAUCAACACCAACUGCUCUGCUGUUCACACCCGCCAGGCGCUCUGCUGCAAGAUGUCUGUGGAAUAUGAUAAAUUCCUUGAAUCUGGACGGAAAUGGUUUUGCCACGUGGAUGAUGACAACUAUGUGAAUCCACAGACUCUCCUGCGCCUCUUGUCUGCCUUCUCACACAGCCAGGAUGUCUAUGUGGGGAGGCCAAGCCUGGACCACCCCAUUGAGGCAGCUGACCAUGUCCAGAGCGAUGGCUCGACUACCGUGAAGUUCUGGUUUGCCACGGGCGGAGCAGGGUUCUGUAUCAGCCGGGGCCUGGCCUUGAAGAUGAGUCCCUGGGCCAGCUUGGGUAACUUCAUCAGCACUGCCGAGAGGGUGCGUCUUCCCGACGACUGCACUAUCGGUUACAUCAUCGAGGGGCUGCUGGAAGUGAAAAUGCUGCACAGCUCUCUGUUCCAUUCCCAUCUGGAGAACCUGCAGAGAUUACGAGGCGAGUUGGUACUGCAGCAGGUCACCCUGAGUUACGGGGGCCCUGAGAACAAACACAAUGUUGUGAGUGUGGCAGGAGUGUUUGGCCUGCAGCAAGAUCCAACCCGCUUCAGAUCUGUCCAUUGUCUUCUCUACCCUCACACCACCUGGUGUCCCACUAAAAAUCUACUGUGACCUCAUCUCAUCGUAAACUCAUCAUUUGGUAUCGCCCCACCACAAGGCUGGACAGGAUGCUUUUCCUGGAGAUAAACCAGAACAAUCUACAAAAGCAAGAUUCCCCCUGAGACCUCAUCAGCUGCUAUCUGAAAUGGUCCAAGGAAGCACUUCUGUGCUUUGCUCUCUGCUCUUCCUGCUCUUCAUAUAAUGUCUCUAAGGUUGUGCACUGGCUCCCUUCUCUGGCCUGUCUGGUUUGAUGCAAGCUUUCCUAGUUAAUGGAUUUGUACCUA